CAGGUGUUGCCGGAUACCUUAUGGGAGUAGACAGUAUCUAAAUUGCCGGUCAUAGCAAUUUUGACACUGACACUGGCUGUGGUUGAAACUGUUAUUGACUAUAUGAUGGCUCUUAAUGUUGGUGAAGUUUCGAGAACAUAUCUUAGUUCUGACAGUGUACGUUUCUAAGGUAGAUUCUACGACCGAUCUAAUGGCGGAACUGCACACACCUGAGUUCUUGAAUAAUAUAAAAUUGUCCGGUGAACUGAAUAAUGAGUUAACAUUAAAAGUAGUGACCCUGAUGGUGCUUUUGCGAAAUAUCGAUCAUUCAAUGGGGUUGUGUAACGGGACACAUAUUAUUCUAACGAGGCUCGGUGAUCAUGUUUUGGAGGACAAAAUUUUAACUGGUGUGAGUGCUGAACAAAAAGUACUAAUUCCUAUAUUGUCCUUGACGUCAUCCGAUGCCAGCUUGCUUUUCAAAUUUCAUAGGCGACAAUAUCCUAUUAUGACUUCAUAUGUUAUGACUAUAAAUAAAAGUCAACGUCAAUCUUUGUCCCGUGUUGGGUUGUUGUUGAAAAAAUGGUAUUUACCCACGAACAGUUGUAUGUUGUAGUAUCAAGGGUUACCAAUCGUUGUGGUUUGAAAAUUCUAAUUGUCAAUGAAGAUGCAGG